GCCCGUCACCAAAACAUCACCCUAACCUUUCCCGCCUCCCUGUCUCUGUAUAAGCCCGCCUUUGCUCGUCCCACUGUCGUCUCUCUUUAACCUUUUCUCUUUCUUCUGGCCGGGCAGACACCAUGCAGUCUGCUGCAGGCACCCCGAUGUCUGAGACUCCUUUCAAACCUCACAAUUCUCCCUAUGGUUCCGGUGAUCCAUACUAUUCAGAGUCCACUGGCUUCCUCACUUCGCAACGCCAGCGCAAAGGCGCCAGCAACUGGAUUAAGUUUGGUGUUCCUGUUGCUAUCGUUGUUAUCAUCGCCGCUGUAGUCGGCGGUGUAGUCGGCUCGCGCCACCACACCUCAGCGGCUGAGGCAGUGUCCUCACAGGCUGCCGCCAGCUCAGCCGCCUCUGCCAAGAGCGCCAUUGGUAUCUACCCCACUGGCACCAAUAGCCAGUACAUGAUGCCCUUAUAUCCUUCAACUACCAACUCGGCGGCUUUCACUUCGCCGACGUUCAUCCCCCAAUCCAAUGCCGUCAAAGCAUGGCCAUCCGACUCCUUCCAGCCAUCUAACCCCGCGCCAACUUCCGUCCGCCCCGAUCGCCCGCGUCUCAUCGCGCCCUCUUACAAAUGGGCAGCCCUCCCUGACCUGAUCAAGAACGACGUCUAUAUGGCAAAUUGGAAUGCUACCAUCUUCGGCAAUGCGUCGGAUUACUAUUCGCAGCCCGUUGUCCAAUAUUUCAUGGAUGGCGACAGUGGUAUCCUUGACAAUGCUCGUCAGGUUAAGGAGCGUGUCAAGGCAUUCUCAUACGUUUAUCGCAUGACGAACGACACAAAAUGGGUUGACAGGGUUUGGGCUGAGCUCCAGAAUGCUGCCGGCAAUGGAACGCAAUCGUUCGGCCCUGACAACGACACGCGAUGGAACCCUGCCCACUUCCUUGACACUGCAGAGAUGGUCGCAGCCUAUGGUAUCGCGUAUGAUUGGCUGUAUGAUCAAUGGUCGGCUGAUCAAAAGAGCUCGAUCAUUUCCACCAUGAUCGAGUAUGGUCUGAAUCCUGGCGUCACCGCUCUUACCAACGAUCCUAAUUAUUGGGGUUGGUGGAAGAACAACACCCAAGGGAACUGGAACUGUGUCUGCAACAACGGUCUUACUAUGGCUGCUCUCGCGAUUCUUGGUGAUGACACCAGCGGUAUCGCUGAGCAGCUCUUGGGUCUCACUAUCCCUAACGCGAACGAGAAUUGCGUGUACGGUGUGACGUCUGACGGCACAUGGACGGAGACCGCGAAUUAUUGGUACUUCGGCACUACAGCUCAUGCUGAGAUGGCUUCCUCUCUGAUCACCGCUGCUGGCGACGACUUCGGUCUUCUCAAGACUAACGCGAACUUCUCUAUGACUGGCAUGUUCCAUAUGUAUGUGACCGGCCCCGGCACGCUGUUCGACUGGGGUGACCAUGGUCCCAACAAGUACUCCAGCACCGCCAACUCUAUCAUCUUCUACGCUGAUCAGUUCGACCAUCCAGAGUACAUGCUGUUCCAACGCGACCAGCAUGACGCUGCGGAGCCAUGGACCAUGUUCUGGUACAACCCUGAGGUCGCCGGAGCAUUCUGGGAUGGUAUGGAGCUCGAUCACUUCUUCGAUGAUCCCUUGGACCAAUGGGCCUCGAUGAGGAGUAGCUUCACGGACGAGAAUGCUCUGUUCGUUGCCAUGAAGGCCGGCAAAUUGCAGGGUCAUCAGACGCACAACGACUUGGACUGUGGUGACUUCGUGUUGGACGCUCUGGGACACCGUUGGGCUGGAGAAUUAGGUUCCGGUAACUACAGAUCCCCGGGUUACUUCAGCAGUGAUGCGCAAGAUAGUCAGCGGUGGCUCUACUACCGUAAACGUACCGAAGGCCAGAAUACUAUCCUGGUUGGUGCUCAGAACCAAGACGUUACCGCCGCGCCGACCGUCCAGCACGGUUCCACGGGCGAGAGGCAGGGGUCUAGCACGGUUUACGAAGUUCCUAGUGACUCAACCGCCUAUUGGACUGCAGAUUUAACCAGCGCGUAUUUCAAUGUUACGUCCUUCAAACGUGGUGUCCGCACCCUCAAUGCCAGGAAGCAGGUUCUCAUCCAAGAUGAGAUCAACGCCCAAGCCUCCAUCCAGUGGCGGAUGCACACGAACGCGACCGUCACCACGGACGGUACGACGGCCACGCUCAAGCUCGGUGACGAGACCUUGCAAAUAUCGAUGCUGAACCCGCCUUCCGGCGCCUCGUUCUCAACUAUGCAAGCCGUCCGUUUGGACACCGACCCCACGCCGCCUGAGCCGGAUCAGGAAAACCCUGGCGUUACCGUGUUGACGAUCAACUUGGAUGCGGGCUCGUACACUCUGGAGCUCCUGUUCAAUCCACAGUGGCCCGGGAUGCAGUCCAGUGACUUUGUGUCCCCACCGAGCGUCCCUCUAGAUCAGUGGUCCCUUACGAGUCACAACUGAACUCUUCUGAUAUCCAGAGCCUUGUAAAGGACUCUUUUACCUUUUGUAUUCCACUAUUUUCAUUAGUACUUUUGGUCUCACCUAAUGAACCGUGACAUGUGUAUGUAGCUGGUGUGUGGUCGUCGUUUCUUUCACUUCUCUUGGACUGCAAAUAUCAUGCGGAGACCGUUACAACGAACAGGCAGUGUCGAUACCAUCCAGUGGUCGUUCAUAGCUGUGAAUGAUAGGGGACAUGAAGCCA